CGAAGAUCACGCCGGAGCUGCUUAACAUCCUUGACGGCUACGCUUGUUCAAACACCGCCAUGGAUCUUCUACCCCGUCGAUCCAGAACCCCUUAUUUGAACGCAAGUGAUGGCGCCAAGUUCCUGUAGAAGUGCACUAUGUUUCUCAGUCGUGAGAACUAAGAUCAAGGGUCCUGGUACCGACUACACACCAAUGUUGGACUGAGUGAAAAUUAUGUACUGUAGCUUGUGCUAACCAGGGUGGGUGCCUGGCAAUGGUGAUCCUUAGUCACUGAGAUCGACACUUCCCGCUACAUACUGGAGUUAGCCCCGGUUUAGCUUCGACAAAUGUUUGUCCGCCUACCUACAUAUUCGGGUUUUGUGAUCUCAAAGGGUUUCCGUUCUCUGUCUUUUGUUAUCCCGAGGCAUCGGGACUUUUAGACGUAGCUGGCUCCUCAAAUAUUUUGUUUUCGCCGGAACAAUGUAUGCCCCCGAUUCGACAUGGACACGCGCAUUCCUAUCCGUCGCUGUCGUCCAAGCCCUGAUCGCGUCGUCACUUGAAGCCUACGUCCUAAUAGCCGUCGAGCGCUGCUUCGACCCCGCCGUAGUCCAAGUAGCCCGCGGCCACACAGUCCCCCUGUUCUUCGCCCUCUUUAUCUUUGGCUUUGUCUAUCAGCUCAUCUUGGUGUACGACGCGCUGCGCUCGAGCAGCAUGAUCCAGGUCGUCGGCCUGUGUUUGUACAACCUCUGUCUGCUCGUCUACGCCAUCUUUCAGCCCAAGGACAUCAAAGACGCGCUUGAUACGCUUGCGGGAAGCAUAACAUCGGAUGGCAAGCCGCUGAUAACGCCGGGGACGAAUGCUUGGGGGGAUUGUAUGCCGGCGUUAGCGGCGCUGGCGCUGGUGGUGGCGGUGGCGACGGGUGUCUUCUGUUUUGCAGCGUGGAAGCUACGGUCCGAGUUUGCUUGGGUGGUUUAUAAGGCUAUUAAUGCGGAUCUGGCUAUGAGAAAGCGUAUUUUAAUCUUACAGUCUUACACGGCCUUUCUCAAGUUCGAUCUGUUCUUCUUGCUGGGGUUCUUGCUCCAGAACAUGAUCAACGCUUCUGCCAACAUGGGCAAACCCGAAUUUGGAUUGUCUAUUGGCGCAAUUCCCCUCGUUCUCCUGGUGAUCUGGCUUGCGGUGGUCUGUGCCCAGAGUGAGUACACGGUCGGCACGCUUGUCAUUAUCCUUUGCCAGCUCGCGGCCGCGGGUUUUCUCUGCUACAAGCUUACGACCAUCGACCAUGAGCUUUACAUGUUUAGGACCUUCGCCGCUAUCACACUGAUCAUGACGCUUUGCGCCGCCGGAAUGGCGGUGCUCUGUCUAGUCAAUUUCGGUAAAGGAGUGAAGAAUGUUACUGAGUCUCAGCUGAGACAAAAAUCCACGCACAACUUACCAGAUACGGACUAUGCAUCGCUAUCAUACUUGUACGGUUAUGUACCGCGUAGGUCGCCGCUUGAUGCUUAGACAAGUAGAGCAACUCUAUAUAUUGUCGUGCCCUACUUAUUCUAAUUAAUAUAUAAUUAUGAGAACUUG